AUGAUCGACAAAGGGAUCAUUUUUGCAUUCGUAGAGAGGUGGCAUCGUGACACCAAUAGCUUUCAUCUGCCUAUUGGAGAAAUGAUGAUUACUUUGGACAACGUGUCAUCUCUGUUACAUAUUUCCAUCACCGGUGCAUUCUUCAGUGUUAGUGUAUUUAACAAGGAUGAAUGUGUAGAUAUAUUAGCAGAGCUUCUUGGAGUUAGUCACGGUGUUGCUUAUGCUGAAUUUAAUGUUACGCGGACAACCACAGUUAGGUAUAGUUGGUUACUUGACGUAUACCAUCAGCGUUGUCGUGAGCAGCAUUGGCAGAUGGCUGCAAGAGCAUUUAUGUUGUUUUUGGUCGGUUGCACACUCUUCAGCGAUAAAACUGCUCUUGCUUACCUAUAUGACAAUCUUCAAAAAGCCAGCAUACAUCAAACCAGAACUGUUUCAGGACUUUCUCCUAGUUAUGUUGAAGACUAUCCUAGAGCACUUAAAUGGAAGCCUAAAAGGGAUAAGGUUUUGGUUCUUCCAUUUAGGAAAGCUCUUGAUGAGAUUGACGUUGAUGACGUCUGUUGGACACCAUAUGGGGAGCAUCAACUGAAGCGGCCUUUUGAAGAUGUAUCUUUAUUUCGAGGGUGGAUACGUUGA